UAGAAAAAACACCCCGACAGAUUUGCUCUUUUCUUAUUGGAACUAUUCAAUUGUCAAACUGUUCCCUGAACUUAAAGAAGUGAUUUAGCUAUCCCUUUGAAUCGAUUUAUUAUUGAUAAAAAGUGUGAUUUAUAUCAAAUCAAUCAAAUUUAUUCGAAAAUAUACGUGUUAUAAUUGCUAUUCUCUCGUUUUUAUCUGACGUUUUUGCUUCUACCCUGUAUACUCGUUUGACGCAAAAGCUUAGAAAAGUGCAUAAUUCAUCCAAAGAUUUACACGCGUGUCCGAAAGUAGUCAAAUAAAAUAUCUCAAGUCCGUCUGUGGAAAAUUUUCAUUCAAUAGAAUUUCGUAUUGCGAGAUUCAUAAUCGGAACAGUAGUGCAAUAUAAGAAAAUCUUAUAAAAGGAAAAUACAGUGCAAAUUGUUUGUGAGGAGAGCAAAAUAAAUCGGAAAAAUUGUGAUAUUGUGAGAAUUUCCGUAUGAUCUGCCAGCGCCAAUGCCAAAGUUAACUGCUACGCCGGCUGACAACGAUAGUUCUCCACGAUAAAAAUCAUUCUCGCGUACGACUAUCUAGUUGGCGCAAGCGGCUGUGUUCUCCCUUUACUUUCGGGAAUAGUUGACGAAGAAACAAAACAAAACCUUUUAAGUAAAAAAAAGUAUUAAUACAAGUGUUGAAGAAUAUUAAUUCUUAAGUGUUAACAAUUAUAAGAAAAUCAGUAAGUUACAUUGACUAACUAGUAAAAUAUAAAAUUACAACAGGAGAUUGAACAACGAUAUACGAAAAUAAACGAAAAUGCUGAUCAAAGAAUACCGCGUUACCUUGCCAUUAACUGUGGAAGAGUAUCAAGUUGCACAACUUUAUUCAGUUGCUGAGGCAUCGAAGAAUGAGACCGGCGGCGGCGAAGGCAUUGAAGUGCUAAAAAACGAACCAUUCGAUAAUUAUCCCCUAUUGGGUGGUAAAUACAAUGCCGGUCAGUAUACAUAUAAAAUCUAUCAUUUGGCAUCAAAAGUUCCAGCAUUUAUAAGACUGUUGGCACCGAAGGGUUCCUUAGAAAUACAUGAAGAGGCAUGGAAUGCCUAUCCGUAUUGUCGAACGGUCAUAACGAAUCCCAAAUUUAUGAAAGAUGGUUUUAGAAUUACCAUAGAUUCGAUGCACGUGCGAGAUGAUGCGGGCAAUAUACCAAAUGUGCAUGAACUGCCACCUGAGAAACUUAAAACACGCGAAGUUGUUCACAUCGACAUUGCGAAUGAUACCGUCUUGCCUGCCGAUUACAAACCCACUGAGGAUCCAACCAAAUUCAAGUCAGAGAAAACUGGUCGUGGCCCGCUAGUGGGUCCAAAUUGGAAGAAAAACGUCGAUCCAGUGAUGACUUGCUAUAAAUUGGUGACAUGCGAAUUUAAAUGGUUUGGAUUGCAGACAAGAAUAGAAAACUUUAUACAAAAGUCAGAGCGACGAUUAUUCACAAACUUCCAUCGUCAAGUGUUCUGUUGGAUGGAUCGCUGGCACGGUCUGACAAUGGAGGACAUACGCGCCAUUGAGGAGAAGGUCAAAGAGGAGCUUGAUCGGCAGCGUCAGGUGGGCGAGGUGCGGGGCAUGCGUGCUGAUAGUGAUUAAAGGAAAUAAUCAAAGCUUAAACAAAUUUAUGACAAAAGCAACCACAACAUAACAACACCAAACCUACAACAACAACAAAUGCAAACAACAAACUCUACAACAAAUAGAAAUAGUAGAUACUAAACGCCUCCGUAAGCAACCACUCACUCCCUACUCAAUCGUUCCGAAUGCACCACUCAAAACCUGAACUUAUUUGACUGCUUAAAGCUGACGAGAGAGCGGAAGUAACGAAGUUGCAUUUUCGAAAUGGUGCAUCCCUUGGCUGUUUAACCAACCGGAAGCGCAGUGCUACAAAUUUGACAUCAUCAGUAGUUGUUCCGUUAUUUUUUUUUAUCAUGCAGUACAUACAUAUAUGUGUACAUAUUGUCUAUACUCACAGCCACAUGCCGUUCCUUAACAGCGGAAACUUCAGCAGGCGUAAGUUAUUUGAAAGGAAACGCAUAUUUAAUGAUGAACUUAAAGCAGUAGUUUAAAUUUAAUGUGCACUCUUAAGUUGUGUGAGAAUAGCCUAUAUUAAUAUAUAAUUUGCUUUUGAAAUUACAUUUAGCUUAGUUAAGCAUACAACAGAAACGUAUUGAUAAUUAAACCAACCACAAGCAACAGAAAUACACUGUUUAAAUAAAUGUGAAUCAAUAAAAAACAAUAGACUAAACCAAGUUAAGAAGAAAUACCAUUUAAAUAAAAAAAGCAAAGCAACUUAUUAUAAAGAAUUAAAAGAAAAUGCAAUAGUUAAUUUUUAAAUAAAUAAUAUAUAAGUAUAAUUCACAAAUUAAAUGCGUUUAUAUAUAAAUACUAUACAUGUAUGUAUUUCAAGAGAAAAUUAAAACAAUUAUAACAACUUAAAUUAAAUUGAUUAAAGUUAUAGAAAUAAUGAGAAUAAAGAAAAUAUUAGAAAUUACUGUAACUUCACACUAUUUUCAAUGAGAAACCAAAUCGGACAGAAAAGCAUUUUCAAAAAGGACACCUCUCUCUCCCAUCCAUCCACUUCAAGUUCAACAGCACAUAAUGUCAAUCUAACUAUUGUUGCAAACACAAAGAUGUAAAAUAAUAGCAUAAAUUGAAAACUAUUGAAUCAUAGCAAACAAAAAAAUAAAAAAAAACACAAAAGAAAAUAAAAGAAGAAAAUGUUUGUUGGAGCGCAAGAAAGACAAGUAAAUGAGCUCCCGAAAUGGAUAUUUUACUAUGGCAUAAGGCGUAGAAGUAGCCGCAGAUGAUGAGCAACGGCCGCAGGGAAGUCUUAAACAUAAAUUUUUAAUUAAAUUUAAAUUAAUCAUUAAAUUACUUCGAACUCCAUUUAAAUUUAAUGCAAAAAAAGAAAUGAUAAAUCUAAAAAAAUGUUAUUUAAUUGUACGAACAUAUGCUUAUAUUUGCGAUAAAAGAAA